UCCAGUUUGAGGCACCUCAGUCUUCCGGCUUGGCAAACGCUCCUUUGUGGCCUGACAAAGCUCAGCUGGAGACUUAAAUGACACCAAGCAAAGUCUACUUAGUUUAGAUUUCCAGGAACUGGAUGGUGAAAAGCAAACAUGAAGUUGGCAGGUUUGUUUUGUUUUCUGAUGCUUAUCAUUUUUCAAACUGACUCUGGGCAAAGUGAAGAAACCCCGAGGAAGCAAAGGAGGAAGAUAAACUAUAGGAGACUGAAGAAAAGUUCCUUGCCCAGCCAUGAAUCAAGGAAACAGCUUGGAAUUCAGCAGAAGAUGAGCAGAAGAGCACUUCCCAUUGUGGACUUGGAUGACAGCAUAGAGGAAGCGUUUGAAUCCUUAAGUUCUCUUGGUGCAGAAUCAAGCUACCAUGUAUUACCAGGGAAACAGGGGCACUGUGCGGUGAAAGGCAUGAUCAUGUACAACAGAGCCGUCUGGUCCCCCGAGCCCUGCGUCACCUGCCUCUGCUCCAAUGGACAGGUACUCUGUGAUGAAAUCCUGUGCCCCACUCUCAGGUGCCCCCAGACUGACACUCCUGAAGGAGAAUGCUGCCCUGUCUGCUCUCAGACCGGCAUAGAAUUCAAUGAUAGAACUGAAUUUUCUGGUGAUUCUUCAGAACAAAGACAAUCCACCCAUUUACUUCAUAAGCAGCUGCUACCUCCACGGGUAGAAAAGGACCAAGCAGUGAGAAAUGAGGAACUUCAAAAUGAGGAGGAUGAAGAAGAAACGAAAGAUGAAGAUGGGGAGGAAAAGAAACAGCCUCCUGGAGUUGGUGAUGGAGGAAAACUCCCCAGUACAACACAGAGCAGAAAAGGCAGGAAGCAGAGGCCUCGGAAGGACAGGCAGCGGGGCCAUCAGCACAGAGACACAGCCAGGGAGAAAGAUGCGGAUGAGGUCGAGGAGCCUGAGGAUGAGGAGCCCAUCCGAGGAGAUGCCUUCAGGAAGCCCUCGAGGACACCCAUCCCUGCUCGUCCUAGAGGUUCACCACCUUUGCCUCGCAGGUGUUCCCUGGCUUAUAGGACCAUCAGCUGCAUCAGUGCAGACCUCACACAGAUACCACCACUGACAGCACCACAGAUAACAACCCUGGAACUUAGUGGCAACUCCAUCGCUGCCAUUCCGGAUGGAGCAUUCAAUGGGUUACCAAAUCUGGAAAGGCUUGAUCUGAGCAAAAAUAAUAUCACCUCUUCAAGCAUAGGACCUAAAGCAUUCAAGCAUCUGAAGAAGUUGACUCGUCUGAAUUUGGAUGGAAACAAUUUAAUAGAGAUGCCGUCGGGAUUACCAUCUACAUUGGAAGAGCUUAAAGUCAACGAGAACAACCUUCAGGCUCUAGAGGAAGAAAGCUUAUCAGGCUUGAAUCGAUUGGUCACUUUGGAACUAGAAGGAAACAGUCUCAGUGAAGCCAAUGUCAGCCCUUUAACUUUCAAACCUUUGACGAGCUUAUCCUACCUUCGUCUGGGAAGAAACAAAUUCAGAAUCAUACCACAGGGCCUUCCUGCUUCGAUUGAGGAAUUAUAUCUAGAAAAUAACCAGAUUGAAGAAAUAACUGAGGUUUGUUUUAAUCACACCAGAAAGAUCAAUGUCAUUAUACUUCGUUAUAAUAAAAUUGAGGAAAACAGGAUUGCUCCUUUAGCCUGGAUAAAUCAGGAAAACCUAGAAUCAAUCGACAUGUCCUACAACAAGCUCUACCAUGUCCCCUCCUACCUGCCCAAGUCGCUGCUGCAUCUUGUGCUCAUUGGAAAUCAGAUUGAGCGCAUCCCUGGCUUUGUGUUGGGCCACAUGGAGCCAGGCCUGGAAUAUCUGUACCUGUCAUUUAACAAGCUGGCUGAUGAUGGGCUGGACCAGGUGUCGUUCUAUGGGGCAUAUCAUUCUCUGAGAGAACUGUUUCUGGACCACAAUCACUUAAAAUCCAUACCAACGGGGAUCCAAGAUAUGAAAGCAUUACAUUUUCUGAGGUUGAACAACAACAAGAUACGGAAUAUUCUCCCACAGCAGAUCUGCAACACUGAAGAGGACAGGGAUUCAACCCUGGAACAUCUUCAUCUUGAAAACAAUUAUAUAGAAACGAGAGAAAUUUCACCCUAUGCAUUUUCAUGUAUAAGAUCAUAUUCAAGCAUUGUUCUUAAACCACAAAACAGUAAAUAAUUCCAUGUUGUCCUGUCAUUUAUAAAGUAUACUGAGACUUGUAGUAAUAGCAUUUAUUAUCUGUAAGAUAUAUCACUGAUGUAAUGCACAGUAUUAUGACAUUCAACUUGGUUUGCUCAUCCACAAACAUCAAAAACAUCUAUAAGGCUUAAGUCUUUCAGCACUUUUAGAAAUAAGAGCUUCAGUUUUAUGACUUUAGGAAGAAGUGAUUUCAUUGCAAACAUUUCUUCCUAAAAACAGUACAUGAACCACUGAGCUAGAGAGGAAACAAAAGUACAACACAGCACAGACUUUAUAACAGACCUGAGUUAUAACUACCUAAGUCCCUAUAAAAGUUAUGUAUAUUGUGGUCCAAUUAAGACAGAAAAUAAGUAGAAUUUAUUAAUGAUUUCCUGUUCAUAAUUCUACUUUUAAAAUUAUAAUUUAUGAAUUUUUGAAUGCCAUAAUGUCAUAGCUAUUCGUAUAAAUGCAGUUUGUUAUUUGGCAUAACAUUUGGUAUAACAUCUAUUAACCAUUUGUGUAAAAUUAAAAUGCUAUAGUAAAGUUAAUUUCCCGGCUUUGAGAACUAUACUGUUUUAUAUAUAUUGUUAUUAAUAUUAAGGGAAGUUGGGAGAAGGGUAUACGUGAAUUUUAUACUAGUUCUGAAACUUUACUAAUGUCAAAAAACAGUAUUUUAAGGUCAACCUUACAGUUCUGUACUCAGGAUCAAAAGAUUUAAUGGAAAGCAGUAGUAUUUGUUCAAAAUAUAAGCAAAUAAUCCUUGAUUGUAGCAUUAUAAAUGUAAUUGUAAUUACAACUGUAAUGCAUGAAUUUACAAAAAUUUUUGCUCUGUUGGCCAAUAUUUAUUCCUAUCUCUUUGCCAUGAUUUACUCAAAUGUAUCCUUUCAUGAAGCUCAGUUUAACAUAGAGGUAUGAGUUUUACUAUGCACUU